UCGAAGUGGGCUUCCACUUCACCCUAUCCACAACACAGACUCACACAUCAAUGCAAUUGCACUCAGCUGCCGGGGCGUGAGGGUGCAUUGCUGCCGAGUUCCAGUCGUCUUCAUCGCUCCAGCGCGCAUCCUUGUCUCUCCUCGCCGGCCUCACCCAGAAGAAGUCGCUUCUCCGCACACUCAGCUUAACGUUCCCCGCACACACCGGGGGACGGCAAAGCCGAUACGGGCCCAGUAGCACCAUUAUGUUCGGUGGGUGGCCUGUCAGGUCUUGAUGAACUGCCGCCGCCGCCGCUUUCCUGGACUCGGGAGUUUUGGUAGCUAAAGUCUUUGACGCAACAUCGAGUAGUGGAUAUGGUGCGUUGACGGCCAUUUAGACAGCAAUCGCUGUGCAACUGUACUAUCACCAUCACACCUGGCCAUGCCAUGGGCCCCAAACGAAAUAUCAAGGAGACCGAAGGUCUGAGCAGCAUCGCACCAACCACUCCGGACCCGGCAUCCCUUCAACAAGCCGUCGGUCAUCAAGCCGUACCUGUAUCAGUCAAGCGUCAGAGAGUGUCGAGAGCUUGUGACCAGUGUCGAGCAGCAAGGGAAAAGUGUGAUGGGGUCCAACCACAAUGCUUCCCUUGUAUCUCCCAGACGAGGUCCUGUACCUACAAUGUCAGUCCAAAGAAAAGGGGUGUUCAGACAGGCUAUAUACGCGCACUUGAGCUCACUCUUGGAUGGAUAAUGGAGAACAUUGCCGGCGCGGAGGACGCCCUGGGCAAUGCUCUGGCUCAGGAGGGCAGCCAGGCGCAAGCAGUCAUGACGGGCAAGGACGCCACCGCAGCAACUCGCCUUCACAAGAAAUGGGGGAGAAGCCGAGUACACAAGGAAAUAGAACGGCUCCUUUCUGGCGGCGUCACGCCCGUCCUUGAUUUGGAUGGGCGAUCUCCCUCAGUAGACGCAAACGCAAACAACACGGAUAGCUCGGUAGACACAGGCAAGAAUAUUGCUCCGGAGCCGCCAGACCUGCCAACUUGCAACUCUGCAGCAGGCCCUCACUUGGCAAUCACCCCGGAACAUACAUUACCAGACACCCAAAAUCCACGAACAAUGUUGCAGAAUUACUCAUCCGGACCAUCAUCCAACACGCCCAUACCCACUCGAACUCAGUUACCUCCGGAGCAUUGGCGGUUAUUGGACAUCUAUUUUUCGUAUACACAUUGUUGGCUCCCCAUUCUCGAGAAGCAAGCAUUGUUUCAAACCUCAUAUCGCUACACAAAAGAAGGUCUUUUGCUGGUUUCAACAGACCCCUCUUCGGCGGCGCAUGCUGAGCUCUGGAGUGUCCUCGCACUGGCAUCUUUUCAGAGUACUACGAGUUCACAGUCUCUUGCUGGUGAGGCUGGGAACACCAACCUUUCACAUCAUCAGAUCUACAAUACGGCCCGCGGGCUGAUCCCCUCAGAAUGCGAAAAUUUUCAGAUCAACCAUGCCCGAGCACUUUUGCUUCUAAGCCUUGUCAACAUGGCCCGAGAAAAUCGCACUGAUGCAUCGCUGUUACUUGGGUUCGCCAUCAGGAUUCUAUUGAACCUGCACUCGAGCGAGGCACCGUCGGCUGGGAACACUACCAACAUCGAGGCAGCACUGAUGUCAUGUUUCAUGUUGGAGACUACUUUGUCUAUCGCUUACAAGCAACUGCCUCACUUGCGAGCCGAGGAUCUUGCCAGAUUUCCUUCCAUACCAGAAAGUGGGCUGGACCAGUGGGAGCCAUGGUCGCCAUGUGAAGGCUUUGGGAGCAAGUCGGUCGAUUUCCGGUCAUCACGGAAUCCUGCCUUUUGCGUCACUACGUUCAACCAACUAUAUGCAAUCCUUCUUGUGGUAUCUCAAAGGGUGCUGGCAGAAAGCCGGGGGGGUUUCUCAGAGAACCAGAAAUCUUCCUUCAGUGCGCAGUUGCAACAUGUUAUCGAAUCCGAGACGCCAUUUAGGGACUUCAUUCUAUCCGAAGCCUGCCAGGCUUCCUCGGUUCCAACCGCCUACAUUAUCCGGAUUUUAUAUCUUUGGGCCAUGCUGCGCAAUUCCAGAUCUUGCACCGAAUCUCUGGUCUCGAUGCUGACAGAGACUCUUGAGCAUUAUGGGAACAGUUUCCACGCUGGCACCAUGCCUUCUUUUCUACUCACAAGCCUCCGUUCCAUGGCAAAUGAAGAUUUUCUGGCAGGUUUCGGAGAACGGGACAGAGAGCGAUUAGUGGAGCUUGCACUGCGGUACUCAGCCUCUCGGUCAACCAACGUUUCAAAUAUGCCCGGAGCCCAUUUCAUUCCAGUUCCCAUUCACCAAUCGAUUAUAGGACGUGACCACACAGCCAAAGCUCCUUCCUCACUCGCCUCGAUGGUUUCAGGCUCAAGCUUAGCCCCAUUGCCAGCCUCAACUCCGAGUCUAUAUGGGGAUGGCCGAAGAAUGAGCAAUGCUUACGACCAACAAUUCCAGCAUCCCUCUGCCACCGGAAACCUGCAGGGGGGUUUUGGGUCAGUCAUGGCUUAUGGUGUACCAAACGUCGGCAUGGGCAUGCAUCAUUCCCAUGCUUCAUUGGGCUUUGGUGGUCCUGACUACGAUGCUCUUCUGGAUGAUAUGGCCGCCACCGACUGCACUGAUUCCAUCGAGGUUGACUCUCAGUUUAUGAUCAAUCUGGGAUAUGGGCCUGGAUGUGACACUUCGGAGGUGUUCAGAAACAGAUUCGACGGAUAUGAAUAAACUUGGAUCGGAAAUGAGGGGUGGAGGGGAAUAAGAACGAGCAGUCUCAUUGAGGAUCUUAAGCUCAUUCAGAAAUUCUAGAGUAGGACUCAUAUGAACGCCAUCCACACUAGACUCCACGGGACCACUUGAUUCCUCUUGGUCACUUAUUUCACUCGCCACUCCCCAAUGCCCCUAUGCAAGGCUUCUUGGAUUCAAAAACCAUGCACGGUGGUCCAGGAAGACAACUCGUCCAAGCCAGAGCGGGCCCAUAAAUAUUACCAUACAACACGUCGCCGUUGAGAACUGCAACCGCCUGGGCCCAAUUGAGAUCACAACAAGGUCCGAAUGAUAGCUAGAUACAAUGAAACCAAAUCUUAUAUACAAUACCAUGCCUGUCUGUUAUUUUUAACAACGCAUAAUCUUAUCAUCAUACAAUAGGCUUCAGCCUACGCAUUCGACAGCUCCGCUAGCCUGGCAGCAAUAGCCUCCUUGACCUGAGCAACAGGAAGCUCGCUGGCGUCAAGACCAGUCCAAUAUUUAUCCUGGUUCACUUGCGUCAGCCAAAACGAAAACAUCAGUACGGAGCGGGACAGUCCUACCUGCUCAAUCCCUUGCCAGAUCAUGGCCUCUGUUCCCAAAAUAACCUGCCAUCCUUCCUUCUCCGCGAUGGCGCCAAGCGCAGUAAAAGGACUUGGGUUGUAACACAUCUCCAACAUUGCCCCCUUAUGGUCCUUCACCAGCAUCACCUCAAUGAUCUUCCUCACCGUCUUCUCACUCUCCGUUACGGGGGCGAAAUCAGGGAUACACGCCACGAUCGCUCCAGGGCCCUCGAGCCGCUCGGCUUGUUCCACACUCUCAACAUAUACCAACUUAUCACCAUACCCACGUUCUUUGCACUCUUUCAUGACGGCCUCCACUUCAUUAGAGUCUCGGUUGACGAGGUAGAUCUUGGUGGCUUGGAGAUACUUGUGCAGAGCAUACACGGCUGAUCUGGCAGCGCCACCUCCACCGACAACCAGGGCGGGGCAGUUCUCAUACACAUCGGCAUUGGGAACGUUUUGGACAAAGGACUCGCGAACACCGAUCACGUCGGUGUUGGCUCCGCACAGGAGACGACGGCCCGGGGUGUUGGGGUCGUCACGGAGGAAAAGAGUGUUGCAGGCACCGACGUCACGGCACUCGGGUGUGAGGUAGUCGAGGUGAGGGAUGAUAGCCACCUUGUUUGGCAUGGUUACCGAUGCGCCUGGGAGAUAAGGGGCGUCAGUGAGAUGGGACGAUGGGGUCUGCGAUCGGUGGGUGGCACGGAAAGUGCGGGCCAGGUGCUGAUCAUGAUUGGGAUGACGAACCGUAGAACUUUGGGUCUUGGACAAGGUUCAGGAACAAGUCCAUGUCGUCCGAAUCGAGACGCAACUGGCCCCAGUUCAGGCCGAGACCCUGGUAGACUACAUCGUGAAGCAGCGGGGACAUAGAUGCUGCCAGCUUUUUGCCGAAGAGGAAGCCAUGUUUGGUGAGAUUUUGAAUACGGGGGUCGAAAGACAGUUGGAGAGCUGGGGCCUGUUGCUGCAACAGCGGUGGUGUGAUGGUUACUGUGGUUGUGGUUGUCGUUGUCAUCUUGAUAAUGCCGCCCUGUCUUGCGUUACACUAGGCUCGGAAAGAGGCGGUAUGCAGGCGCAAUGCAAAGUCGUUCCAGAAGCUCAAUGUGUGAUUGGAUACUUGGAGGCGGCGUAAGAGCAGCGGUUCGGUCGUAGGCUCAGUAAGAGGAGGAGGCGGUGACACGGGC